CACCUCGAAAAGCCCUCCGCCUACGAUGUCGGCAUCGUCGCCAGCAAGAAACACUCUGAGCCCCUUCCACGGAUUUGAUUUUCUUUGGAUGUCAUUGAAGCUAGGGAUUUUGAAUACAAGGCAUGGGCUCAUGUUCAAACCUUCUCUUGAUGAGCAAACUCUGGAAUUGCAGGUUAAAACAUCAAUUGGAGUUGAGGCCAUCUCCCAGCAAAGGCUAGCCUCUGCAGAAGCUAAGAUUACUGACUUGAGACAGAAAUUGGAAGCUUCUAAAAGGGAAAAGUCCGGGCUUUCAGGUAUCCAUAAAUCCAAACAUGAGGAAAAUGAAGCCUACAUAUCUGAAAUAGAGACCAUUGGUCAGGCAUAUGAUGAUAUGCAAGCUCAAAACCAGCAGCUCCUGUAGCAAAUUACAGAGAGAGAUGAUUAUAACAUCAAGGUUAUUAUUUGUACCACCGUUGCUCACCGUUUAUUCAAGUUCCCAAAAUGGUUUUACUUGCUUUCAUAUAGCAUGCAUUUGAGACCUCCUUGAUUUUGUAGGUGAUUAUUUAUUUGUUUAUAUAGAAGUUAGAGAUUUUA